CUGCAUUACCACUCGAGCCCAACGGCCUCUUCCCCAACGUCACCCGUCCACCACCGCCUUGUCGACGUCGCGUCGACGAGGUCGAGGCAGCCCGAGCUAUUCGAGGCAACCAACUGCUGAUUGUUCAUUAUUGUUGCCGGGGCCCGUGUCUACCACCGUGCCAAGUCACAGCAGCCUCGCAGCGGAAUCUCGACACGGAACACCAUCUUCAACCAUCAGAAGCCCUUCUUCGCACCAACCGUGGUUCCCACCAUGGGUCCCUCGACACCUCGAAGACCGCAGAAGCAGCGGAACCAUCCCGGCAGCGCGGCUGGAGGUCGCCCGGCAAACAACCUCCCUACAGCCCCGGCCGACUACGAGUCUGACGCCUUCUAUUCCGAAGCUCCAGUACAGCCGCAACAAGCCAUCCCGCCGCAACCCGCCGCCGCCACCCAGACCCAGAACGUGAACACCAUCGACCAGAUAAACCUGACCGUCCUCAAGCGCUACGUGCCCACAAUCCAGAACUAUUCCGCAAUGGCCCAUAACGCCACCCUCUUCACAUGGAACAUUGAGACGGGUGGCUGGGAGGAGACCGGCGUGAAGGGCCCCUUCUUUGUCUGCAACCAGGAGCACCAGUUAUCUGCCACUGGCCACUUCGUCCCACGCGGCUGCGCCUUCAUCUUGAACCGCAGCAACCCCGAGAAUGCCGUUUUCGACCUGGCAACUAUCGCCGAGUGCGAAUUGCUCGAGGGCCAGCUUCUCUCGACCAUGACCGAUGCCGGCGAGGGCUGGGGUUUCUUCAUGGACAUGGGAAAGGCACAGGAGACCUGGGAUGCUUUCAGGAAGCUGUGGCACAGCGUGCGGGCUGCAAGCCAGGCCUGAUCUGCAAACUGGCGGUAGAAUUCCCAUCUUACCGGCCCGCACUGUUUCACCUGGUGAGUGAAAUAGCUCUUGGAACGAAACGAUAUGACACCAAGAUUGGUUUGUCAUGCGUGUAGGAUACUAUCGUCUUCAAACAGUCCCGCUUCUGAAACUAGGAGGGGAUGCAUAAGUGUAGCAUUCAACGUGGAGGAAAUUAAAAUCCUCAUGUUUCAAAGACAUCCAUGAUAACGAUAAUUGUGUUUACACGAGCACACACAAAGGAAACAUGAGCGUCUUGAGGGACGCAAAAACCCCCCAGAACUUUGAAGUCUGCACUGAUUCAGACUCAUCCACCGCGUCAAGCAUCCGGUAGAAGAGAUGGAUCGCCACCACCCAAUUUAUCGGGAAUGUUCACAAAAAGCUUCUUCCAUAUUUUGUGUACGUCAGACUGUGCUACCGUCUCUAGAGUGCUUGCAACGGCUAAAAGCCGAUGUGAAUACUCUGCGAAAGACUGGGUGAUUUGGAAGGCA